AUGGGCGUGACCGCGCGACAGAUGGGAAAUCUCACGCUCAACAGCGAGAAAGACAACGAGGACUUUUCAAAAACCAUGGACGAACUUGCCAGUCAGCUGGGAAACUGGCAGACCAGCGAGUCCGACGACAAGAAAGGCAACCGGGAUAUCCAUGCCCGUUUCUCGAAUGGACUCGUGGUUCUCGCCCGUCAGUUGAGAUGA